GAUCUCUCUCUCUCUCUCUGUGCAACAGCAGAAGCUGAAGAAGGGAGAAAUGGGGUCUCUUGAUCCAAGUUCCAAUGUUUUUGAAGCUCCUGAAAAGACCCAAACCCUAAUAAACCCUAGCGAACUCCUUAAUCUCUUCAAAUGCCAGCAGAAAUACCUGAAUUUCUUCUUCCAGAAUCUCGACCUCUCUCAAACCCUUUCCUUCACUCAAACCUUAUUGAAUGCCAAAGGUACUAUCUUCUUCACCGGCGUUGGCAAAUCCGGUUUCGUUGCUCAGAAGAUCUCUCAGACUCUCAUCUCUCUCGGCAUUCGAUCGGGUUUCUUGUCCCCUGUCGAUGCUCUCCAUGGAGAUAUCGGCAUUUUAUCCAAUUCAGAUCUCCUGGUUCUCUUUAGUAAGUCUGGGAACACUGAGGAGCUCCUUAAGUUGGUUCCCUGCGCUAAGGCGAAAGGAGUGUUCUUGAUCUCCAUCACAUCUUCGGAGGACAAUUUGUUGGCCAGUCUUUGUGACUUGAAUGUACAUUUACCUUUGGAGAGAGAAUUGUGCCCGUUUGAUCUGGCACCGGUGACUUCUACCGCGAUUCAGAUGGUUUUUGGGGACACCGUGGCUAUUGCUCUGAUGGCUGCAAGGAAUUUAAGCAAGGAUGAGUAUGCUUCGAAUCAUCCGGCUGGGAAGAUCGGCAAGAGCUUAAUCUUCAAGGUAAAAGAUGUUAUGAAGAAGCAGGAGGAGCUUCCAGUAUGCAGGGAAGGAGAUUUGAUAAUGGAUCAGUUAGUGGAGCUUACAAGCAAGGGAUGUGGAUGUCUUCUGGUUGUUGAUGAUCAGUACCAUCUCAUUGGAACUUUCACAGAUGGUGACCUGCGUCGCACCCUGAAGGCCAGUGGAGAAGGCAUCUUCAAGCUCACAGUGGGGGAGAUGUGCAACAGGAACCCAAGAACAAUUGGUCCAGAUGCCAUGGCAGUGGAGGCUAUGCAGAAGAUGGAGUCCCCACCAUCACCUGUGCAAUUCCUGCCGGUUGUUAACCAUCAAAACAUUGUGAUUGGUAUUGUUACACUGCACGGAUUGGUCUCUGCAGGAUUGUAGAACAGUGUAGCCCCCUAUUCUGUGUGGUGGUAAUGCUAUCAUUCUUUGUAUCUGUUUAGAUGCAGAUCCUCCGAUUGAAAUGUGGAUCUUCUGUUCUUUUACUAAUUGAUCAAUGAAGAAACAUGAAAAGUAUAUGAUUCUAUCAUUCACUUGGUC